ACCGACGGCCAGCGCUGCUGCUGUUUGGGACACAGACAGUCUCACGGAAAACAUGGCGGAGGCUGCGGCGGUCCCUCCGCAUCGCUUCUUCUGUCACUGUUGUAAGGGUGAAGUGAGCCCCAAACUGCCGGAGUAUAUCUGUCCCAGAUGUGACUCGGGCUUCAUCGAGGAGGUUACAGAAGACUCCAGUCUUCUGGACAGUAGUUCAAAUAGCCUUGAUGACACAGCUUCACAGUUUGCCGAGCUAUGGCAGCUGUUGUUUGUGGAGAGGCCGUUCAGUUUGGAUCUCGACAGUCCUGACUCGGAGCGGGUCCCUGGAGGGGGCAGUGGGUCUGGGAGUCUCGGAACAGGGCCGUUUGGCGGUUCUGUCCCAGGAGGGCUUGGUGGGUCCCUGGGUGGCCCUCUCGGCGGAGGAGAGCACUGGGGUCCUGGUCGUCCUCCACGUCUGCACACUCCGAGGAGGUACCGAUCCAGAGGAAGCAGUCGACCGGAUCGCUCUCCCGCUGUUGAGGGAAUAGUACAGCAGUUUCUCGCAGGCCUUUUUGCCAAUUCAGGAGUACCAGGCUCCCCUCCACUGUCAUGGACGGGCAUGCUGCACUCAAACCCUGGGGACUACGCCUGGGGACAGGGGGGUCUGGAUGCAGUCAUCACACAGUUAUUGGGUCAGUUUGAGAACACGGGUCCUCCUCCUGCUGAGAAAGAGAAAAUUUCCUCCCUCCCCACUGUUAUCAUCACUCAGGAACACACUGACUGCAAUAUGGAGUGCCCUGUAUGUAAGGAAGACUACACGGUCGGUGAGCCGGUCAGGCAGCUGCCCUGUAACCACAUCUUCCAUAGUGACUGCAUCGUGCCCUGGCUUGAACUGCACGACACGUGUCCUGUUUGCAGGAAGAGCCUGAAUGGGGAUGACAGCAGCACUCAGUCCUCAGCAGAGCCUUCCUCCCUAAACACUGAUCCUCGCACACCGGAGAGAUGGUCCUUCUGAAACACACGCACGCACGUCCGCCCGUCUCAUCCGAGCUCUGUCUUAACCCAAGCUUGUUUGUCUCUUUCCUUUUUUUUUUUUUUUUUUUUUUUUUUGUCUGUUUGUGUUCAUCCCACUACGCUGGUGUAUUUUUACUACGGUUUGUUUACUUGUGUUCUCUAACACAGUUCUUCUCAGUUGUCUAUCCUAAUGUUUCUGUGUCUCUCAGAUCCGUUCCACACAGAAUUUCGCAUAGUUUACCUUUCCCUUAUUUCAACCCGAGUGAACAAACAACAAA